UUGGGCAAGUCGCGAAUGGAGGGUUUCCAAACUUCUUCCGAAGCCUCACAAAACGAUGAGUCAUCGCGCAUAGCAUAGAGAGACGGCUUGGGCAUAAUUACACAUUGAAGAUUGAAACCGACAAAGUAGGCGAGCUACCGCUGUUUGACGUGACGUCUGCCACCGCUGGGCGCUGGUGAGCUCGCCUACUGGGACUAUAAAUUACUCACAAGCACCUCCGACGGUUAAGUAAGAACGUUGCACAUCGGGAAAAGCGAUCCGUUUGUUUCUGUGGUAUUUGCGUGUUUUGUUGGUCGAGUUUUGUUGCCCAUCGGGGUGGUUAAGUGAACGCAACGAGCUUUCCAGACAGUGAGUUGUAGCGUCAUGCCUGAAAUUUCCGCUGGAACCAGCGCCGAGCGCGAACGCACGCACCAACUGGAAAAGCAGGCGUUUCUUGGAAUGAAAUUCGCCGAAACCAUUUCGUGCCUGAUUUGCGCGGCGCUGCACAUCCAGGGCUUUCUGCACCAUCCGGAACCGUUUCCCCACGAGAUGCUGUUCUGCGGUCUGUUCGCCAGCUACUUUCUGAUCUCGUUCUACUCGUUUCUGUUCCUGCUCAAGGGCUGCAGUCAGGUGAACUACACCGUCGAGGCGGUGGUGGCCGGUGGUGCCUUCCUGCUGUUCGUCGUGUCCGCGUUCGUUUCGAUGUACCACGCGGAAAAGGACAUCCAUCUUCAGUACCUGACGGACGAGGAGGAAUGGUACCACCAAUUUUUUAUCUACUGCCGAAUGCAGAGCCUGAGCGCAACAAUUACGGCGCAAGUGUUUCUGGUCCACUGCUCGCUGGCACUCGAACUGGCCGGGUUUCUGGACCGAUGGUUUGGUGGGCUCGCCGGGCGCCCAUUGGGCACGGGAACGGAUCCGGAAGCAAGCGAACGGUUGCAAAUCAACCCAUUCUGGAUGCCUGCGUUGAUUGCGAUACGAAAACGGUUUUCGUGCAACUGCGAACGAAACGAAGCAGGUGUAUUACAGCGCUCUUUGUAGUCUCAAGCGGUUGUGAAAUUAAAUGUUUGCCUGUUUGGUGCUCGGGAAACGAGACGAAAAAACACAAUCCGCAAUGCUAAAUGCGUGCGGUUCCGCUUGUUCGUGGAGGUUUGAGCACCGCAUCAUCUGCUACAAACAUCGGGGCACAUUCGUUAACAUUCCAACAGCAAUAAAACAUCGUACUUGAAGGUGCCGAAAAG